CCGCCGCAUUUAACAUACACACACGUCUAGGCCGGCCAUAAGCAUAAGCCAAGCCAUAGCUAAUAAUGUACCUUCACCGCAAUACACUCGCGGAUGGAUAAGUUCGAUAGUGUAUAGAGUACUGUAAACACUUAAAAGUGCGCGACGCGUAUCUUCGGGGUGAUUGAAAAAAAAACCUGUAUUAGUGCGGUGCGUGAAACGAAAAAAAAAUUAAGUUUUGGUGUACAUAUAAUGAAAAAAAAAUCUUCAAAGUGGAGUAACAAUAAAAAAUACAAUUAUGAAAAACCAAUUCAAAAUUGACUGAAAAAAAAUUGUUUGAUAAGUUAAGAAGGAUAAUUUUCCGGGUGAGUCGGGAAAGCUCGGGAAAGUUUCGCGUUAAGGAAAGCGCGGGAAAACUUUUAGCGCGAAGGGGUGAGAUUUUCGCAAGGCUCGCCGUUCUGUCGCGGAAAACUUGGAUUGAAUUAUUGAAAGUGGACUGUAAAGGAGACCGUGGACUGGGAAACAAGAAGGUCUUGAAUGUAUGUAGAACAACUCAAAGACAAGCGUGUAAAAAAUUCCUUGAAUCCAAAAACGAAAAAAAACCUCGACAACUGUCAGCCACUCAACUCAAACAGCACGUGGCUUCGCCAAGAUUUCUUCUUCUUCUCUACACACACAGAUUUACAGAUUUGCCCGCCGCAAGCAUCAUAUUACAGAUGACGCAUCUCUAGUACUACCACUCGAGCUGCAAGUACCACUCGGACUUAUUGAUCUAAGAAAUAGUCCGGUCGCGAGCCAUAUAAUUGCCUUCCUCCGAACCGAGAACGUUUCUAGAAAACACCACUCGAACGACCGCGGUACUGCCGGCAAUACAGGGUACUACAGAGGGUACUACAGAUACCGCGAGAGCGAAAAAAAUAGGUGAAGCGCCCAAUUAAAAAUAAUUAGCCGAGAAAUUUCUCUACUAGGCGAGAGAGACACUUGACAAAGUCGCGAGUGGUACCGCGAAGAAGAUGGAUGAGUCAUGGGACCAGCAUGUAUCCCCCCUGAUGAUGGGAGGCGUUGAUAUGCACCAGCAAGCCUCCCAUUUGGGGAUGGCUGAAAUGCACGGUGAAAUUAGGGGGCACCACGAUAUGGGGAUGGGACAGCAUCCGGAUCACUCGAUGGAGAAUUUAGGGGAGAGUGGAGCAGAUGAUAUGAGAGGACAUUUGGGACAUCAAGAUGGUGUGAUGGGACAAGAUUAUUAUGGACACCAGUUACUCGUUUCUGGCCAACCAACCACCAACAGCGGCUCCUCGCCAGCUUCCGGAGGUGGUUCCCUCAGUCCGGGUGGUUCUUCCGGACUUCCCGGAGCUCUAUCACCUGGCGGUACCUCUUCCACGGGUCCAGCGCAGUGCUGCGAGAGUGGACGCCCCCUGGUGACCGAUCCAGUCACCGGACAGAGCGUGUGCUCCUGUCAGUACGAUUCUGCGCGGUUGGCGGCUUUACAGUACCCUAGGAGCGUGGGAAUGUAUGGUACUCCCUAUCCUAGUACGGAUCAGAAUCCGUAUCCUAGUAUAGGGGUGGAGAGUUCGGCGUUUUAUUCGCCUUUGAGUAAUCCGUAUAGUUUGAAAGAUGCCAGUGGAGCGGCUGACAUGUCAGCUUGGACCAGUGCAGGACUUCAACCGACCACUGGGUACUAUCCGUACGACCCAGCUUUAGCUGCUUAUGGAUACAGUGCAGGGUACGACUUGGCAGCGAGAAGGAAAAACGCCACGCGAGAAUCGACGGCCACACUGAAAGCGUGGCUGAACGAACACAAAAAGAACCCCUACCCCACGAAGGGAGAGAAAAUCAUGCUGGCUAUCAUCACCAAAAUGACCCUAACACAAGUAUCGACGUGGUUCGCCAACGCUCGACGACGCCUGAAAAAAGAGAACAAGAUGACCUGGGAGCCGAAAAAUAAAACCGACGAUGACGAUGACGCCCUGGUCUCGGACAGCGACGACAAGGACAAGGAUGACGACGAGAAACGAGACGAAACAGACAUUCAUGGAAGAAUAAAAUCAGAACGACCAAACAAAGACCUGGAUGACGACGAUAUGACCGACGAAGAUCGGAAAGACGACAUCUUAGGCAACAACAUGCACCACAUCCUAGGCAAUGGGUAUGCGUUGAAGUCGGAACUGAAGAGUACCGACUGCGGAGUACCACUACCACCUUCCAAACCGAAAAUCUGGUCACUUGCCGACACGGCAGCUUGUAAAACACCUCCACCGCCACCCCCUUCACAAGGUGGUCAAUGGUUGGGGAGUUCCAAUGGGUUUGCACUACCCAGUUCAAGGUAUACGAACGGAGGCUUUCUACCGAGUCACUGCCAACAGGGUUUCCCCGACGUCCAAACAGACACCCCACCUCAAACUCCCCCCAAUAUGAAGCUCCCCACGGUGACAGGGAACGUGGUUCCCGGCCAGGGAGGACCCUGUAUAGGAGGGGGUUCGAACGGAGGCUAUUCCCAAAACUCGGGGGCUUUUCUGGGGGGUUUUGGAAGGAUUCACAGUCCGCAGAGGCCUCCCCAGCAAAAUCAGGGGGGAGUGCAGAUGAACCCGGGGGGUGGGAAUGUAGUGGGAGAUAAUGCAGCCUUCAAACCUUUUUAUAAAAGUUCACAAAGUAUAAAUGGAGGAUUCGUAUCGCCCGUCUGAGAUGGACUCUAUCUGAUGUAAAGAUGAUCAAGCAAUAAGGGACAAAGUGCAAAAAAAGAAACGAAAAACACACCGACGGAAACGAAAAAGAAGAAAAUAUAGAGUGCUGUAAAUUUUGUAUAAAAAAAAACGACGACAAAAAUGAAAAAAGAACAAACUAACGCAUUUUUAGUAAUUUUAUCUGUGAUAACCGAACAAGAAACUUUGUUGACGCGACUACCGGCACUGGAUACUGUUCUCCCCCCCCCCUCCACCCUGCCACUUCCACAUACACAAACGUACUCCACGCCACUGCCAAGUUGCGUGGAAAAAAAAACAAGGAAAAAUUAUUAGAGUCUUAUCGCUUGUUACCCUUUAAAGUUAACGUUCUAUACGUUACAGUGCGAUAGGUCUCUAAUAGGGUAUAGCACCUCAUUUAACAUAGGAAAUAAUAUGAACCAGAAAAAGUAUGUCAUAAAAAAACUUAAAAAAAUAUUUUUUGGGCUUUAAAAAACAGAAAAUAUUUGUGUUUGUUCAAAUCUCACCAACCACAGUAUACUUAGGGAUGUAAUGUUCAAAGUACUAUUGAAUUCAUUACAGGUUUUGUACCUAACGCACAAUACAUGUAUAUACAGAGGCUCUAAAAAUACUUAUUAUGUCCACAUAAAAAAACCGAAAGUGAAAAAUAUAACUGUGUGUGUUGGUUGCAAAAUCCCCGACUUGUUUUUAAUAAUUGUUAUUAACUUUUUUGUCUUUAUAGCCAAUUAUUGUUAACAAUAUUGUAUUUAUAUAGAAAUGAGAACAAUGUUUUACCAUAUCACAUUGAACAAAUUUUAUUAUUAUUAUUAUUGUAAAAAGGAAGAGAAAAAAAUUGAACUAACCGAUUUUAUUAUUAAUUAUUAUUAUUAUUUUGUAGGGUUCGGUUUGAUACAGAAUCGGAUCCGCAAGUUAGUUGAUGUACAUUAUUUUAUCAUCUGUUUUAUUUUUGUAAAUAUUUAGAUGUAUAGUAUUAUAUUAUGAUGAUUGUCUUUAAAGAAAUGAAAAAAUUAAAUAAAUAACAAGAUA